UCCCACCCCGCCUCUCCAUCUCCUCGCCGCUAGCGUUUCCUCCUCUCCACCCCACCCAUUCCCGAACCGCUCCCAAGGUAAGUCGUCGGCGGCGGCGGCGGCGAUGACGACGCGCCUGAAGAAGAACCGCAAGAAGCGCGGCCACGUGUCCGCCGGGCACGGCCGCAUCGGCAAGCACCGGAAGCACCCGGGAGGCCGCGGCAACGCCGGAGGCAUGCACCACCACCGCAUCCUCUUCGACAAGUACCACCCGGGCUACUUCGGCAAGGUCGGCAUGCGCUACUUCCACAAGCUCCGCAACAAGUUCUACUGCCCGGCGGUGAACGUGGAGCGGCUCUGGUCGAUGGUGCCCGCCGAGCAGGCGGCGGAGGCCGGCGCCGGGGCCGGCAAGGCCCCCAUGCUGGACGUGUCGCAGUUCGGCUACUUCAAGGUGCUCGGGAAGGGGAUGCUGCCGGAGAAGCCCAUCGUCGUCAAGGCCAAGCUCAUCUCCAAGGUGGCCGAGAAGAAGAUCAAGGCCGCCGGCGGCGCCGUCGUGCUCACCGCCUAGGGGUUUGGUCCUUCCUUUUUGAGAUCUAAAUCUGAAGUAGUAGCCGUUUCUUGGCUCGAUCUAUUCGUGUUAAAAGAAAACCUGCUUUUCUACCGUACUUCCUGCAUGUUAAGACAGUGUCUUAUGAGAAUUUUUGCACUAAGUGAAGCUAGUUCAUAUCGAAUGCAUUAAUUCUAUUUCGUACUGUGAAUUAUAAUUCGUUCAAUCUGUAUGAUUGACCAGCGUUAUGCUA